AUGAGUACCACGGGAGACACCCUGGCAAUACUUGCUAAUCUCGCGCACGACCGGGGGCUUCACGCGGCUGCAGCAUUGACAUGGCUGGCCUACGACUAUGUGUUAUCGCUUGAGGACGAGGUGGAUCUGAUCUGGAGUUCUGCGGAUACGGUCCCGAAGCUUCUUUACUUCAUUUCACGAUAUUUCGGCCUUAUCGUACAAUGCAUGAAUUGCGCUGACAUACCAAGACUAUACUGUCGAGCUGCGCUGAUAUGGACUGCCAUUGCUCUCUAUACCCUGGUAUUUUGCGUCGAGUUCAGCCUGAUGCUUAGGAUUUACGCGCUGUACGGGCAAAGUCGAUUGAUCUCCUUGAUUCUCAGCAGUGCAUUUACUGUGGAAACUAUGUGCGUUCUUGUCAUGAGCAGCGUGGGCUACAAGGAGAUGUUCUGGGCGAUCAUGCCGUAUCCUUCAAGUUGGCCGAUCGAGGGGUGUUUCUACCCACCGACCCCUUCAUGGUUUCACGGAUCCUGGCUACCUUUAGCAGGAUUUGAGACCCUCCUUUUUGUCCUGAUGGCUAUCAAAGUCUACUCGUAUCGACCACUAGGGGAGCUUCCCAUCCUGCUGCGCGUACUUCGGGACGGCACCAUAUAUUACCUUGUCAUACUCGGCAAGUCAACCUAUGACGUGUCCUUCGAGUUGCUUCUGACCGUGAAUACCCACCAGUCGCCUUAA